CGCACUACAAUCGGCUUCUGUUUGAUGUUUCUCUCCGUGAUUUGAGCCCGAAACGUUUCUUCGGUCCGCGUCUGUCGCGUGAAAUGUGGCUUCCCGCCGCGGUGCGACUCUGACGGAGCCUCGGCGACGGGCGGUGCCGCGGAGCGAAGCCGGGCGGGUUCGGACCCGGAGCGGCGGUGAGCGCGACCCGGUACAUGCUACGUGUCCAGCGGCGGCAGCGGCAGCUAGCUAGCUAGCUAACGAGGCUAACAUGGAUCCGGAGCAGUAACCGGGACUCGAACCGCUCACCUCCCCGAGCAGCUGGAAACCGGCGGCGCAGAGCCAACAUGGACGACGGUCCGGCCGAUGGAGGCUAAAGUUCGGUCCGGUUCGGUUUAACUCGAGUCUAAAAAUGAUGUAUUCGUCGCGGAGGAAGCCGGUGCUGUACUUCAAGGAGGAGAGGAGGUUCCUGUCGGGGAAAUGCACCAUCUACAAGCUCUUUGGCCUCUGCAUGGUUCUGGUUCUGGUCUCUCUGCUCUGGCUGCAGCUCAGCUGUUCAGGUGACAUGUCCUCCAUGACCCACGAGGACCUGCGAGGCCCCCAGCCGCCGCCGCCGCCGCCCUGCCCGGCCGACGGUCAGGCGUCUGCGGCGGACGACCCGUCCUGGGGUCCUCACAAGCUGGCCCUGGUGGUUCCGUUCAGAGAGCGCUUCGAGGAGCUGCUGGUGUUCGUGCCCUUCAUGCACAGGUUCCUGAACAAGAAGAAGAUCCGCCACAAGAUCCUCAUCAUCAACCAGGUGGACCACUACAGGUUCAACCGGGCGUCUCUGAUCAAUGUGGGCUACCUGGAGAGCGGCAACGACACCGACUACCUGGCGAUGCACGACGUGGACCUGCUGCCGCUCAACGAGGCGCUGGACUACGGCUUCCCCGAGGACGGCCCGUUCCACGUGGCGUCGCCGGAGCUGCACCCGCUGUACCACUACAAGACGUACGUGGGCGGGAUCCUGCUGCUCACCAAGAAGCACUACCGCAUGUGUAACGGGAUGUCGAACCGGUUCUGGGGUUGGGGCAGAGAGGACGACGAGUUCUACCGGCGCCUGAGGAAAGCCGAGCUACAGCUGUUCAGACCUCACGGCAUCGACACUGGGUACAAAACCUUUCUGCACAUCCACGACCCGGCCUGGAGGAAGCGGGACCAGAAGAGAGUCGCCGCCCAGAAGCAGGAGCAGUUUAAGGUGGACCCGGAGGGCGGCCUGACCAACCUGCGGUACCAGGUGGAGUCCCGGCAGGAGCUGGUCAUCAGCGGCGCCCCCUGCACCGUCCUCAGCACCAAGCUGGAGUGCGACCAGAGCCUGACCCCCUGGUGCCUGCUGGGAUGAGGAGGCCCGCCUCGUCCUGCCACCGCGGUCUUUAAAGCUUGGUUCCGACCCGGAGCGCUCCAGCAGGUGGCGCUGCUGCGGCUCCACCAGUCUUAACCGGAUUUAAACGAACUGUUUACUGGAGGUACUUGGAGACAAUUAAUCUGCUGGUUGACGAGUCAGACAGCAGAGUUGGGUUCUGGUGGGUUCUAGUCGGGCUUCGACGGACGCUCCACCAACAAUCUGCCACGUGGCGCUGGAGCUUCAGACUGUUGGCUUCUCUUUUCUUCAGCUUUUUAUCCUCGUUGGUUCUUCUUUCUUUUGUUGUUGAACUCUGACCCGACAGGAGAAACGGUUCUGAUCUAAUCAGCAGACGUUCACCAAAGUCAAACAAACACCGUGGUGCUGGUUCUGUUCGCCGCUGUUAUGACUUAUUAUUUAAUAGAUCUCAUAGAAGUCCAACCAGAUCUGAAUAAAGCCCCUCUUCAGAACAUCUGGUUCUGUAUCUGCAGCACCUUCAUCCACUGACCAGAGUUCUGCCAGGUCCAUGAAGUCCACAGAGGGACGGGUCCAGAUUGAUCACUGACCCUGAGCCUCAGAACUUCAUCAGAACAGCAGAUAGACACAUGACAUUUAGGAGGAAGAACACAUCUGAGUUCUGGUAGAACCUGACACCAGAUCAGCAGUAUUAUGGGAUGUAAGAGACAAAAACCUCCCAAAGACACGUAAAACAAUCAGAACUGAAUGACAAAAAAGAGACGAAACAACAAAAACGAGCGACACAAUCACACAACACGAGACACAUGAGACA